CCACCACCCGGCGCCAUGGCGGGGGCUGGCUCUGGGGUGGCCGGAGCCCGUUCCAGCCCCGCGCGCAGACACACAAGCCGGAAAACAUAUUGCACAGCCUCUACAGGGAGCAGCCACCCGAGCGUCCCGGGGACAUCGGACACCGGGCUCGUCCCAGAGCAGCCGGCGGUGCCCAUACCCACCCGGGGCGAGGACAGGAUGCUGCGCUGGAGCGUGCUGGUGCUGUGCCUGCUCCUGCCCUGCUUGGCACAGCAGUACCAGGAGGAGGCCAAGCGCAUCAUGCAGACCACGCCGGUCAUCGACGGGCACAACGACCUGCCCUGGCAGCUCCUCAAAAGGUUCAACAACCAGCUGGGGCUGCCGGAGGCCAACCUCACGCAGCUGAACGGCACGCACACCAACAUCCCCAAGCUGAUCACCGGGCACGUGGGCGGCCAGUUCUGGUCGGUGUACGUGCCCUGCGAGACGCAGAACAAGGACGCGGUGAAGCGCACGCUGGAGCAGAUCGACGUGGUGCACCGCAUGUGCGAGCUCUACCCCGAGACCUUCGCCUGCGUCGUCGACAGCGCCGGCAUCGAGGCGGCUUUCCAGAACAAGAAGGUGGCCAGCCUCAUCGGCGUGGAGGGCGGCCACUCCAUCGACAGCAGCCUGGGCGUCCUGCGCACCUUCUACCGCCUGGGCGUCCGCUACAUGACCCUCACCCACAGCUGCAACACGCCCUGGGCUGACAACUGGCUGGUGGACACCGCCGAGGAGUCGCCCGUGCACCACGGCCUCUCGUCUUUUGGGAAGACCGUGGUGGAGGAGAUGAACCGCCUGGGCAUGAUCGUGGACCUGGCCCACGUCUCGGUGGACACCAUGAAGGUGGUGCUGAACAUCUCCAAAGCCCCCGUCAUCUUCAGCCACUCGUCCGCCUACAGCCUCUGCCCGCACCGCCGCAACGUGCCGGACGACGUGCUGAGGAUGGUGGCCUCCAAGGAGGGGUUGGUGAUGGUCAACUUCUACAACGAGUACGUGACGUGCAGCGACAAGGCCAACCUGAGCAACGUCGCGGACCACAUGGACCACGUGAAGAAGGUGGCAGGCAUCCAGUCCGUCGGCUUCGGCGGGGACUACGACGGCGUCACGGGGGUCCCCACGGGCCUGGAGGACGUCUCCACCUACCCGGCACUGGUGGCGGAGCUGCUGCUCAGGAACUGGACGGAGCAGGAGGUGAGAGCGGCGCUGGCCAACAACCUGCUCCGUGUGUUCAGGAAGGUGGAGGAGGUGAAGCUGUCCCUGCGGGGCACGGCGCCCCACGAGGAGCCCAUCGCCUUCGAGGAGCUGUCGGGGGAGUGCAGGACGAGCUACGGCUACAGCGACACCAGCGGGGCCGGCCCAGCCCCGCUCCUGCCAGCAGCUUUGGUCCUGGCGCUGCCCCUGCUCAGCACCCUGCUCUCUUAGCAUCCUGCCCAAAGGUGCUGGGCACCCCCGGCACGGCCGGGUCCUGCCGCACCUUACCCCAAGCACAACGGAGCCGUGCCUGGCAGCACGCAUCGCCCCCGAGCCCCCAGGGCUGCGUGGUGGGGUU